AUGGCUAUGAACUUUGUGACAUUCAAUCAGGACUACAGCCAGCUAGCAGUCUGCACUUCCCGUGGCUUUCGGAUCUUUUCUACGGAGCCAUUCGCCAACAUCCACGAUGGUCGAGAUGCGGGCUAUAUUACCAUCGCGGAGAUGCUAUUCUCGACCGCCCUCGUUGCAACAGUCAGUACGCCACGACGUGUAGAGAUCAACCACACUCAGAGAGGUCUGAAACUAUGCGACAUGUCGUUCGCUACCGCAGUUCUUGCAAUCCGCCUGAACAGGAAGAGAUUGGUGGUGGUUCUGGAGGAUGAGAUAUACCUCUACGACAUACAAACGCUGAAAUUGAUGCACACUCUCGAGACCUCUCCCAAUCCAGCGGCCAUCGUUGCACUCUCUCCGUCAACGGACAAUUGCUACCUCGCAUGUCCACUACCUCAGAAGGCGGCUCCUCCAGCACAAGCACCGGCUCACGCGCCUCCAAACAGUACACACGUACCACCGACGACCGGCGAAGUACUGCUAUUCGACGCAAUCAAGAAUGUCCAGAUCAACGUCGUCGAAGCUCAUCUAUCACCUCUCUCGUGCAUAUCCUUCAAUUAUGAAGGAACGAUGAUGGCCACAGCCUCCGACAAGGGCACUAUAAUCCGGAUCUUCUCCGUUCCAGAUGCUCACAAGCUGUACCAAUUUCGGCGUGGAUCUAUGCCCUCCCGGAUCAUCAGUAUGGCCUUCAACGUCACCUCCAGUCUCCUUUGCGUCUCCUCCGCCACCGAGACAGUCCACAUAUUCAAGCUCGGAGUUCCACACAGCCAGCAACACUCAGCUGACAGCGCACCAACAUCACCUAACAAGGUCAGCUCCGCCGUCUCCCGUCGGCUGUCUCAAGGCAGCGACACUCUGACCCGAUCGCGGACAAGCGAAUCGCUCGAUGAGGAUGACGACCUCGACACUGCGGACAAGCCAUCAAACAUGUCCUCCCGUAAAGCGAACGGCACCUUAUUCGGCCUGAUUCGCCGCACAUCCCAGAAUGUUUCUAGCACCUUCGCCACAACAGUCGGCGGAUACCUUCCCAAAACGAUGGCAGAAAUGUGGGAGCCUGCGCGAGAUUUUGCGUGGGUCCGACUUCCGAAGUCCGCGUCAGGGAUACCAGCAAGCCAGAUACGUAGUGUCGUGGCAAUGAGCCCAAAUGCGCCGCACGUGAUGGUCGUGACAAAUGAAGGCAACUUCUACGUCUUUCAGAUUGAUUUGAGCAAGGGCGGCGAGGGGACUUUGAUCAAGCAGUAUUCUGUGCUUGACUCCAAUGAUGCGAUGAGCGCAUCGACUACAGACUUCUAG